UAAGAGCGUGGGUGUGUGAGACCGAAUCUAUAGAACGUAUCCGGCACACUGACGUGAUGACCCAAGCAUUUGCCUCAUUCAGUCUUUGUGUGUCUCUCUCUCUCUCUCUCUCUCUCUCUCUCUCUCUCUCACACACACACACACACACAAACACACACACACACACACACACAGUCAGCAGGAGCAGCAGCAGACGCUCAGUACUGCCCUCAUUGUGUGGAUCGCAGCAGGAAGAUCAGGAGCAUAGGCUCCGGUUCAGCUCCAGCGCGGGGAAGAUAGAUUCCCGUGACUGUCUCUCUCCUGAGCCGCUUCUUCCUGACUCCCUCCCCAAGCGUUAAUUUUUAUUCCCCUCAUUUGUUUUUCAAGACAAUAAAGGACAUCCAGUCAGUCGUGCGUCACUGUGCAAUAACUGCACAUUUUAUUUUUUAUUUUUUUUGCUGGGACUUUUAAAGAUGGCUUUUAGAUGACAUGCUUUUUGGAUUUUGAUAUGAGGAGCGAGAGGGUGCGUAUGGCCAUCCCAAUCGCCCUCUGAUCAUUUGCUGCAGCUGCUGGUGAGCUGCUCACAGAGAAGCCAGAAAUAUGUGGUCACCCUGAGCGAAAAGGGGAAGGCAGCGAAUGGAUUUUCUUGCAAUGCUUCUCUGCUUCUGACAAUGUUCCAAAUCCAUCCGUUCAUUUCCAGUGUUUUUAUUGUUUAACAGGAUUUUUUUUAAUUGUUUUUUUUUGUGCUGAGGAAUUUUGGAAUUGUUAUCGCUUGCAAGGCAGAGAGGUCAGCUCCCAAUGCAGACGUAGAUGCCGUAUCCAUGUAUUGACGACCACUUUUGGCUGUAAAAAUGCUGAGCGGUGUCCUCUUUCUGAGCGUCCUCACGGUCACCAGCCUGUCGCCAUCUGAGACGGAGAGCCGCAAAACUUCAGCCUCCAAAGAUAUCUGCAAGAUCCGCUGCGCCUGCGAGGAAAGGGAGAACAUUUUGAAUAUUAACUGUGAGCAUAAAGGAUUUACCACCGUCAGCCAGUUCCAGGCACCGCCGAAUAAGAUCUCGCAGCUUUUUCUAAACGGCAACUUCCUCUCUCGUAUUAGCGCAAAUGAGUUUGUCAAUUAUGGCAAUGUCACCUCUCUGCAUCUGGGGAACAAUGGAUUACAGGAGAUCGGCAACAACGCAUUUCAGGGGCUGCGCUUCUUGAAGAGGCUGCACUUGAACAACAACAACCUGGAGGGGAUAAAAGAGGACACGUUUGCGGGACUUGAGAGUAUGGAGUAUUUACAGGCAGAUUACAAUUAUAUCAGCGCCAUUGAACCCGGCGCUUUCAGUAAGCUGAACAAGCUUAAAGUGCUGAUCCUCAACGACAACCUCCUGUUGUCUUUGCCUCCCAACGUUUUCCGCUUUGUGCUCCUGACCCAUUUGGAUUUACGCGGCAACCGGCUCAAGACUUUGCCCUUUGCGGGGGUACUGGAGCACAUUGGCGGAAUCAUGGAGAUACAGCUGGAAGAAAACCCCUGGAAUUGUACGUGCGAUCUGAUUCCUCUCAAAGCCUGGUUGGACACGAUUUCUGUCUUUGUGGGGGACAUUGUGUGCGAGACGCCAUUCAGGCUGCACGGUAAGGACAUCACGCAGCUGAUAAAGCAGGAUCUGUGCCCGCGCAGAAAUGCCGGGGAGCGUGCUCACCCCGCCUCCGACUCUCACUUUCAAGGGGCGCUGCCCGCAACCUACCUCCCCGGCAUGAUUUCCCCCACCCGACUCCCGAAGGCUUCGCGGCCGCCUAAAAUGCGGUACAGGCCCACCCCUCGCAUCGCAAAGGACAAACACGUCUUUGGGCCGAUCAUGGUUUACCAGACCCGCUCUCCUGUGCCUAUUAUGUGUCCUAGUGUGUGUGUGUGCACAUCCCAAAACCCAGACAGUGGACUUAACAUCAACUGUCAAGAGCGGAAGUUGCACAACAUAAGUGAGUUGAACCCCAAGCCCUCCUACCCGAAGAAACUGCACCUGACCGGCAACUACCUUCAAGUGAUCUACAGAACGGAUCUAACGGAGUACAGUCUUCUGGAGCUACUUCAUCUAGGAAAUAACAGGAUCGCACUCAUCCAGGACGGGGCAUUUGAGAACCUGACAAAUCUGAGGCGGCUCUACCUGAACGGGAAUUACAUCGAGGCACUUUCACAAUCACUUUUUGCUGGCCUGCAAUCACUCCAGUACCUCUAUUUGGAAUACAAUGUCAUCAAAGACAUUUUACCGCAGACAUUCAACGCUUUGCAUAACCUUCAGCUGCUUUUCCUCAACAACAACCUGCUAAGAUCGCUGCCUGACAAUGUUUUCGGGGGCACGAUGCUAACCCGACUGAAUUUACGGAAUAAUCAUUUCUCAUAUCUCCCCGUGAAGGGUGUGCUUGACCAGUUAUCCGCAUUUAUCCAGAUUGACCUGCAGGAGAACCCCUGGGACUGCACCUGUCAUAUCGUGGCACUCAAAAACUGGAUGGAGCUGUCCAGCACCAGCGUGGUGGUUAAUGAAAUCACUUGUGACUCACCCUCGAAGCACGCCGGUCGCUUGCUGCGCUCACUGCGCAAUGAGGCCAUCUGCCCUGAGCCGAGCGUGGAGCCUCCGCCUCAAUAUGCCCCCGCUACCAAAGCCCCGACUUUAGCGAGUCCUAGCACUGAGUCACCGACACCCUCUUCCCCUUCUUCUUUCAGCUCAGUCAGCCCCACUGAAUCGCGAGUCCAAACCCCUGAGUUGCAUCCAGAAGUCCCACUUUCAGUCCUCAUUCUCGGGCUUCUGAUUGUUUUCAUCCUGUCUGUCUGUUUUGGCGCAGGGCUCUUUGUUUUUGUUCUAAAACGACGCAAAGGGGUGGAACACAUCCCAACGGGCUCCAACAAUAUCGAUCUUAACUCGUUCCAAGUGCAGUAUGGCUCCUACAAUCCUGAACCAACCCGCGAUAAAAAUUCGGAAAGUCAUGUGUAUAAUUACAUCCCCGCACCCGUGGGUUCCAUGUGCCAAAAUCCAAUUUACAUCCAGAAAGAUGGCGAGCAGGUGGCAUAUUACCGAAACCUCAAGGAGCUAAGCUUUGGGCCGCUGAAUGCAAAGAAAGAUGAUAUUCUCACGCGUAGCCCGGAAGCUUAUACCAUUAGCGCGGUGGAUUUCAAGGAUAAAUCCCCGGCCUCGCCUCCUGAGAUGCUGUAUCAAAACGUAGGAGAGAGGUCCAACAAGGAGCUUCCGACAGCUGCCGGCACCUCUCCCUUCAGUUACAAUUUCUGCACUUUACCCAAGAGACCAUGCAUCGUGCCCCCCUACGAGGCUGCCACAGCCCCGCGUCACGUCACCAACCAGGACAGGUGGAACAAAACGGCGGUGUACGGAACCCCCAGAAAAUGCUUUGGGGUGGAGCUCCCUUCCAAAAACAGUGAGCACCAAUUUCUUCUUCACGGGAAGCUAAAAACAGAGCCGGACUAUCUGGAGGUUCUGGAGAAACAGACUGCUAUGAGCCAGCUGUAAGAGAACGACGAUCUAGAAAUCCUCCCGGUCUCCACCCCUCUCGGCUCCCAAGGAUCUUUGCAGCAUUCAUCAUCAUGAUUAUAAAAUGUCAAUCAGUAACUGUUCUUGUAGCCCACUAUAUUGCUCAGUGUUGAAGCUCAGAUGACAGACAGAAAACAAACUUUUCUUUAUGUGUUCCCUUCUCUUUUUUUUCCAACCUGUAUAAAAGGAUUCUCAGAAGUAUAUUAUAAUGCCGUUGUAUUUUUUCUUCGGGGGAAAGUAUAAAUUAUUCCAUCUGUUUCCUUUAAAAAAAAAAUCCCUGGAAGAUGGCAAGACGGUGUAAAAAUAUGGCCCUGUGCGUUUGUUUCUAUAAAACUGGAUUUCAUUUUCCCUGAGAUGCAGAGAAUAUGAAUCGAUGGGUCUUUGAAACUGGAGGGAAGGCUACAGAACGACAUUUCUGUAUAUACAUAGACUGCACAUAUGAAUGGCGAGCGUUAAAUCAUCCAAAAAAACCUCCUGAAAUGUAUUGAGCCAACUCUCACGACAUGACUCCAUGAAGUGCCUUUGCACUCCAUUGUAUUAUUUUUUUCAUCAUUGACACACUCUGCAGAUUGAUUUUAACUGGAAAAUGUAUUUUAAGGAAUCAAAUCUUUAUGUAAAUUACAAAUUAUAUAUAUUUGUCAGUUGGGGAAAAAAACAAAGGAAACUACAUGUACUUGAAAAUGGGUGUGACAUUAUAACUUUUGAUGGGGACACGUGUAUUUUGAUCCAGUCAUGUCUUUGGCAAUGUACAACUUUGAAACAUUGUAUGCUAUAAGGGAGCAAUAUAGAGUUGUACAGUUGAGCCAUUAAAUUUUCACUGAGGCACUUUGUCAA